GUUCAGUAAACUUUCAAUUCUGGCGAAUAACUGAUCGAUACUCAAACACGACCGAACCUUUGAGAAACAUUCUAGUAUCUUAUUGCAACGAGCGCAACUUAGAUUUCAUUCCCGUUUAAAUAUUUUCCAUCCAAUGUUGUUUAUAAAAAAUUGUAUAUUAUUUUCAGCCAAACGCACCUUUGCCAGUCAUAGGUUUUAACUACUAUCUACACUCCUUUAUUCAGUAUUAUUAAUAAAAAUAAAAUUAAAAUAAAGAGAUUGCAAUGGCACAAUUAAAAGUGGCAAUCAUUGGACAAAGUACUUUUGCUGCUGAAGUUUAUAAACUAUUAAGGCAAAAUGGUCAUCAGAUAACAGGUGUUUUUACUGUACCGGACAAAGCUGAACGUGAAGAUCCUUUAGUAACAAUCGCAAAAACAAAUAAUACACCUGUUUUUAAAAUAAAAAGCUGGAGAAGUAAAGGUGUUAUAUUACCAGAGAUAUUUGAUCUCUACAAAAGUAUUCAAGUGGAUCUUAAUAUUUUACCAUUUUGUACCCAAUUUAUUCCUAUGGAGGUGAUUAAUUAUCCAAAACAUCAGAGCAUCUGUUAUCAUCCAUCCAUUCUUCCACGUCACCGAGGAGCAAGUUCAAUAAGUUGGACACUUAUUGAAGGCGAUAAGGAAGCUGGUCUAUCCAUUUUUUGGGCAGAUGAUGGCUUGGACACUGGGCCAAUUCUUUUACAAAAGUCCUGUCCUGUACAACCAAAUGAUACCUUGGACAGUUUGUAUAAUAACUUUCUUUACCCAGAAGGAAUCAAAAUGAUGGCUGAGGCAGUAGAUCUCGUGGCCGCUGGAAAAGCUCCAAAAAUUCCUCAACCAAUAGAAGGAGCCACUUAUGACCCUAUGCUGAAUAAAAAAGAACUCCAGCAAAUUAAUUGGAAUAAAUCAGCACAGGAAAUUCACAAUUUUAUCCGUGGGCUUGAUAGUACACCCGGUGCUUGGUCUUUAUUGAAUGGAGAAGAAGUUCGUUUUUAUGGAUCAACAUUGUGGGCUAAAGAAAAACCUAAAGGGGAAAUUGUUGAUGUUGAUGGACAUGAGGGUAUUAUUCAUGACGAAGGGUUAUUAAUUACGGCAAAAGACGGACAAUCUAUUAAUAUAAAUAAGCUUAAAGUUGGUAAUAGAGUUAUUCUAGCAUCAAAUUUCGGAAAAUCUAAUGAUGCGAUGUUGAAGACAGAGUUUAAUGAAGAAGAAAGACAAAUAGUUGAAACAUUACGUAUUUUUUGGAAAGACAUAUUAGGAGUUGAUGUUGAAGAUAGCACUGAUUUCUUUGCUUGUGGAGCUGGAAGUAUGGAUGUCGUAAGAUUAGUUGAACAAAUAAAAGACCUUCUAGGCAUUGUUAUUCAAAAUACAGAUGUAUUUAUGGCACCAGUAUUUAUUGAAUUUGCUUCUAAGGUGAUCACAACACGACAUGAAUCAUCACAAGUGGGAAAAGAAGUAAAAUAUGAUGCAGUAGAAAUUCAUGCGAAUAAUUUAAAUUUAAAAUUUCCACGUCAAUUAUUUAUCAAUGGUCAAUUUGUUAAUGGUCACGCAAAGCCAAUACCCACUAUUGAUCCACAUACUGAACAAGUGAUAUGUGAAGUAGAGAGUGCAUCACCGGAUGAUGUUGAUUCUGCAGUAAAAGCUGCACAAAAAGCUUUUGAAGAGGGUGAAUGGAGCAAAAUAAGUGCCCGUGAACGGGGUGCUUUACUUUUCAAAUUGGCGGAUUUAAUGGAGGAACACAAAAAUGAAUUGGCAACAAUAGAAAGUAUAGAUUCUGGAGCUGUAUAUACACUUGCGUUAAAAACCCAUGUUGGAAUGUCAAUUGAAACCUGGCGGUACUUUGCUGGUUGGUGUGAUAAAAUUCAAGGCAAUACCAUCCCAAUAUCUCAUGCAAGACCAAAUAGAAACUUGACCUUCACAAAACGAGAACCAAUUGGUGUUUGUGGAUUAAUAACCCCUUGGAAUUAUCCGUUAAUGAUGCUUUCAUGGAAAAUGGCUGCUUGUUUAGUAGCAGGAAAUACUGUAGUCAUGAAACCAGCUCAAACUUCACCACUUACUGCACUUAAAUUCGCAGAAUUAACUGUUAAAGCAGGAUUUCCUCCAGGUGUUGUUAACAUUAUACCUGGCAGUGGUUCAGUUACCGGCAUGGCUAUUGUUAAUCAUCCGCACAUUAGAAAAUUAGGAUUUACUGGUUCUACAAGAGUUGGACAAACCAUUAUGAAAGGUUGUGCAGAAAGUAAUUUAAAAAAAGUGUCAUUGGAACUGGGUGGCAAGAGUCCACUUAUUAUUUUUGAAGACGCUGAUAUCCAGCAAGCAGUGAGGCUUGGGAUGAGUGGAGUAUUUUUCAAUAAAGGAGAAAAUUGUAUAGCCGCAGGUCGACUAUUUGUUGAAGAAAAAAUUCAUGACGAAUUCGUGAAAAGAGUUAUCGAUGAACUCAAAAAGAUGACAAUAGGGAAUCCCUUAAAUAGAAAAACUACACAUGGACCACAGAAUCACAAAGCUCAUCUUGAUAAACUUAUUGAAUUUGCUGAGAUAGGAGUCAAAGAAGGUGCAACUCUGGUUUAUGGUGGAAAACGUUUAAAUUGUCCGGGAUUUUAUUUUGAACCUACGAUAUUUACUGAUGUUAAAGAUGAUAUGUUCAUUGCACAAGAAGAGUCUUUCGGUCCAAUUAUGGUAAUUUCGAAAUUCUCGUCAAAUGAUGUCGAGUCUUUAAUCAAACGGGCCAACAGUACAGAAUAUGGUCUUGCCUCAGGAAUUCUUACGAAAAAUAUUGAUCGAGCACUGUGGUUCACUGAAAAAAUUAAUGCUGGAACUGUAUUUGUUAAUACUUAUAACAAAACGGAUGUUGCUGCACCUUUUGGUGGAUUUAAACAAUCAGGAUUUGGCAAAGAUUUAGGACAAGAAGCUCUCAAUGAAUAUCUUAAAACUAAGACUGUUACUAUUGAGUAUGGAGAUACUCAUUUUUAAAUUUAUUUUUUCAAAUCUUGCAUAAAAAAUCGCACAUUAGAUAAGAAGAUACAAGUAUCUUUGAAAUAUUUUUGGAUCUUUGUAGAACAAAUGACAUAUCACUUCACUGUAUUGAAACGAAUAUUUUUAUAUAAUAAAUAUAAAAAAAAAAAGCAAUGCAAGUGUUCUGAAAACUAUUUUUCUUACAAUAAACUAGAUAUAAAUUGAAAAAUGAAUUGCUAUCUCUUGAAAAUCAAAAAGAAUUUGAUGAAAAAAUUAAGGUCUAAUAUAAAUAUUAUAUUAAGUUGUGCAUAACGUACAAUGGUGAAGACCUACACUGUGUUAUUAUACACUCUCCCCUUCAGAUUAAUUUUUCUCCCCAUUACUAGUACCAGCAGUCUCAAAAGCUUCCUAUCUAUACAUAUUACAUACACCGAAUAGUUGUGUAAUCCAUUUGAAUUUUAUCUGAAUUUGAAUCAUAAUAUCAAUGUAAGUUUUUAUACGAUUUUUUAUGCUCUAGUAAUUAACAAUAAUACGAACUAUUAAGGAAAAACUUUAAAAACGAUUGUAUUACAAAUAAUAUUUCUGUUACAUUGCAAAUAAAUUUAUAAUUUAUAUAAACUCAUAGACAAGUGUAUCAUU